AUGAGGUUACAUAUAUGCAAGAAUUGCCUUGAAGGCAUUAUUGGAACGAAUAAGUCAGUGUUUAGGUUUUAUUCUCAGAAAAAGUACAGCGCCACUUUAAACUUGCCUAAAACUACUUUCGAGGUAUGGGGUGCUGGAAAGCGAGAGACAGACAUUCAGAAGACAUGCGGUUUUGCCGAGUUAUAUUCCUGGCAAAGGCAACAAGCAAGGGAUAAAGAAUUCUGCCUGCAUGAUGGCCCACCUUACGCCAAUGGGGAUCCUCAUAUAGGCCAUGCUGUCAAUAAAAUUUUGAAAGACAUAUUAAAUCGCUACAAACUAUUACGAGGAUUCAAAGUGCACUAUGUACCGGGAUGGGAUUGUCAUGGUCUUCCAAUCGAAUUAAAAGCAUUGUCGGAGAAAAAAGAAGACUUCAAACAAUUAUCUCCCAUGGAAAUCAGAAAAAAAGCCUUCAAAUAUGCCCAGAAAUCUAUCAAGCGGCAACAAGAUGCAUUCAGGAGAUGGGGUGUAAUGGCUGACUGGGACAACCAUUGUUACUUUACAUUUAACAAAGAAUAUGAAGCUUCUCAGCUGGAAUUGUUUUAUCAAAUGUAUGAGAAGGGAUAUGUGUACAGGGAUUUAAAGCCUGUUAACUGGUCUCCUUCUUCCAGGACUGCAUUGGCAGAGGCUGAAUUAGAAUACAAUUCCAAACACAUAUCACCAUCUUUGUAUGUUAAAUUUCCAGUCAAGAGACUGCCAAAUGAGAUACAGUCUAUAAUAGGUAGUGAUGUAUCGUUAUUUUGUCUGGUGUGGACAACUACGCCAUGGACACUGCCCGCUAAUGAAGCUAUAUGUUACAUGCCUAAUAAGGAAUACUGUCUUGUUGUAAACUCAAAUAACCAUGAAUGGUAUUUACUGGCAGCUGAACGUCUGGAAGAAAUAUCACAGAUAUUUGGUGUUAGUCUGGAAGUCAAAUAUACUCUCAGUGGAAGCGAUCUUGAGGGUACACUUUGUUGCCAUCCAUUUUUGAAUGAGAAGACGUCACCACUGUUGCCAGCUAAUCAUGUCAAGAUGGGGGUGGGCACUGGUUUGGUACACACAGCACCAGCACAUGGUGCAGAAGACUAUGUAGUGGGAGUGGAACACAAUCUAUCAUUGAAAUGCAUGGUAGAUGAAGAUGGUCUUUAUACAGAGGAUGUUGGUGAGAUUUUAAAGUUCAAAAAUGUUCUCACAGAAGCUAAUGACAUUGUAAUCAAGUUAUUGGAGAAUGCGGGUAAUAUUGGUCACCUUGGACAAUAUGAGCAUGCUUAUCCCUAUGACUGGAGAACAAAGAAGCCUAUUAUAAUCAGAGCUAGUACUCAGUGGUUUAUCAACACUGCUGCAUUGAAGAAGAAUGCCAUGGAUUGUAUAGACAGUGUUUCCGUUCUACCAAAGCAUGCAAGUAACAGUAUGAAAACAGCUUUGUCUGGCAGAACGUACUGGUGUAUAUCAAGACAGCGAGUCUGGGGUGUUCCAUUACCUGUAUUCUAUGAUACAGACUACACUGUCGGACAGGACUCACCUUCUUCCCCUAACACUAUUAGUAGUACAGGACAUAUUUUUAAUGAUCCCAUAGACAAUACAUGCAUCUGUUUUCUACCACAUAGUUCGUGUAAAUCUGUAUCAGUGGACAUGGCCCAUAUCACAAACUUGGUCAGGAAACAUGGAACUGACUGCUGGUGGACACUGCCAAUAGAACAGUUACUGCCAACUAGUUUGCUUUCGGAGUGUGGUGUAAAUCCUAGCAGGCAAUUCUAUCGUGGUGAAGAUAUUCUGGAUAUCUGGUUUGAUAGCGGGUCGUCAUGGUCUCAUGUAUUAAAAGAUACUGGAGGAAUAGCUGAUGUCUACUGGGAAGGAGAAGAUCAAUAUGGUGCUUGGUUUCAGACAUCAUUGUUAACAAGUGUUGCAAUCAAUAAUAGAGCUCCAUACAGCACUAUGAACCAAUCAGCACCAAGCCUGCUAAAAUUUGUUAUGGUGGCUGAUCCUAACAAGGCUAUAAAAGGCUGUUUAUUGAUAUUGUUUAUUUGUUUCCUGAACUUCAGGCUCCUUCGUAACACAUUACGAUAUUGUCUUGGUAAUCUGUAUGACUAUAAUCAUAACUCUGAUGAAGUUGACUUUGAUAAACUUCGAUUCAUUGAUAAGUAUAUGCUGCAUCAUCUUUAUGAAUAUGGACAACAGGUUGCUAGAGCAUAUGAAGAUAUAGAUUUUGGUAGAGUGACUACUGCAGCGAUGGCUUUGAUACAUAAUAGGAUAUCAACAUUUUAUUUUGACACAGUCAAGGAUAGACUUUAUAAUGACAGAGCUAAUAGUGUGUGCAGAAGGUCAUGUCUGACAGUUUUACAUCACAUGGUUGAGGUGCUAACACGAUCAUUAGCGCCAAUUGUACCUCAUUUAGCAGAAGAAACGUUCUUACAUAGGGCCAACACAUCAGAUUGUGUGAGUGUUUUUAAGACGGGCUGGUUUACAUGUCAAACCAACUGGCAUCAACCUGAUAUAGUUAAGGAUUGGCAAAUUCUUACAAAUAUUAAAGAGACAUUUCUCAAUGAAAUAGAGCCUGCAAAAAGUCGAGAGUAUGACAUUGUCCUUUCAACAGAUGACAAAGAACUCUUCAAUGUACUAAAAAGAUUCCAAAUGGAUGAAGUAUCCAACAUAUCAGAAUUGUGUGAGAUAAUGACUGCAUCAUGUUGCACUGUAACAAACAAGCUGACGGCCAGUGACAAUGGAGAUAUGACCAAGUUAUAUGGGGAGUAUAUUGGGCAAGAAAGUGGUGACAAACCAAUGAAGUAUACAGUAAUAAUACAUCCAUCAUCUUCAAAUAGAUGUGAAAGAUGUAGAAAACACACUGCCGAUGUACAGAGCCAACUAUGUCAAAGAUGUUCAGAUGUUUUAUUUGCCAAUAGAGAGUCAUGA